AUCUCCCUAAAUUCUCUCCCCAUCACUCUCUCCACCUCUCUCCACCUCUUUUCCCCUCACAAUCUCUCAAUCCAGCACAAAUUUCUCACAACUAAUCAACCAAUGUCCUCAGACAAGAACGCCAUGGCCGGCAACAUGGUCCACCCCGACCCCAACCUCUCCUCCUCUAGCGGCGGCGGCGACAUGGACGACUACCGCAACAGCAGCUUCAACGCGUACGAGCCCAAACGCAACAGCGGCGAGGGCUCCCCGAUGAUGAUGUCCCCAUGGAACCAGCCUGGCCCCUUCGGCCAGGCGUGGUCCACCCCGAGCAAACACUCGUCCGAGCAGCUCCAAAACAGCCUCAUCGGCUCCCUGGUCCGCGAGGAAGGGCACAUAUACUCUCUCGCGGCCAAGGACGACAUGCUCUACACUGGGUCCGACAGCAAGAACAUCCGCGUGUGGAAGGGCAUGAAGGAUUUUUCGGCCUUCAAGUCCAAUAGCGGCCUCGUGAAGGCCAUCAUCAUCGCGGAUGACAAGAUCUUCACGGGGCACCAGGACGGGAAGAUCCGGGUUUGGAAGAUCAGCCCCAAGAACCCGAAUGUGUACAAGCGGUCGGGGACGAUGCCGACCUUUUUUGACAUCUUUAAGGAGUCGAUCAAGCCCGGGAACUACGUCGAGGUCCGGCGCAAGCGGAGGGCGGUGUGGAUCAAGCACACGGACGCGAUCUCGUGCCUGAGCAUGGACAAGGAGACCGGGAUCCUCUACUCGGCCUCCUGGGACAAAACCUUCAAAGUGUGGCGGCCGGAUCACUCCAAGUGCGUUGAAUCCGUGAAGGCACACGACGACGCCGUCAACUCCGUCGUCGCCACCACCGGCGCCAUGGUCUACACCGGCUCCGCCGACGGCACGGUCAAAGCCUGGCGGCGCGAGCAAAAGGGGAAAUCAUACAAACACAUCCCUGCGAGAACCCUCCUGACGCAGGAGUCGGCGGUGACGGCGCUGGCGGUGAGCGACGCCGACAGGGUGGUGUACUCCGGGUCGUCGGACGGAUUGGUGAACUUCUGGGAGGCGGAGAUUCACGGAGGGGUGCUGAGGGGGCACAAGCUGGCGGUGCUGUGCCUGGCGGCGGCGGGGAGGCUGGUGAUGAGCGGCUCGGCGGACAAGAGCAUAUGCGUGUGGAGGAGGGAGGCUGGCAUGUGCGCCCACACGUGCCUGUCGGUGCUGACGGGGCACACGGGCCCCGUUAAGUGCCUGGCGGUGGAGAGGGAUAGGGAGAGGGAGGAGAAGUGGGUGGUGUAUAGUGGGAGUUUGGAUAAGUCGGUCAAGGUCUGGAGUGUGUCUGAGGUGGUGGCGGCGGCGGAGAUGGACCAGUUUGAUUGGGAAUCUAGCUCGAUUCCUUCGCCCAAGUAUUGAGGAAUCUGAUUGAAUUUAGUUUCUACUGUAUAUUGUAUAACUAGUUGAUUAGUAAUGUUAUAUCCCAAUAUUUGCCUUUUAGCCUU